UUGGACAAUAACAGCCAUCGCUUUCGGGGGAGCACGUCUAUAUUAUGUGGCUAACGUUGAAGAAAACUCCUCCAGUCGGCUGCGAAACCUCACGCGACACCGACACGCUGCGCGCGCGACUCCCUGCCACCGGGAAAGGUGAUUUCUCAGCCUCUGCACGCGAUGACAUUUUAGACAGAAAAAAAAAAAAAACGCUGGCUGCGAGCUUCAGAUUUUGAAAGGGGCGUGGCUGGCGUGCUGGGUACCACUUCAUCACUGAAAGGAUGCUGAUAGCUUAGCAACAGCGUUCAAGGAAGGCGGAAAAGGAAGGCGGAGAGGAGAGAGACAAUGGAUGUGCGAUUUGCCCAGCGUCGUCACCGGGCAGGCUGAGCAGAGUGUUUUCGCUUCGAGCUGGAAAGAGAGCGGCAGCGGCGUCAGUCGUGGGGGCCGAGUCGACCACGAGAAGGAGCCAGGAAUGCAUAAUCGAAAUGUGUGACGUUCCAGCAGACGCCAUGGCCACGCAGGAGCCGUCCCCUCCCUCGUCCAUGGAGAGCAACAAGCCCGGCUUCCCCAAGAAGAUCCUGGGCAACAAGCUGGAGGACAAGCACCUGUGCAACUGCUGCCACAACAUCCUCCGACGGCCGUUUCAGGCGCAGUGUGGACACCGCUUCUGUUCCUACUGCUUCAACAGGACUGUGAGUAAUGGACCUCAGAAAUGCAGCGCCUGCAUCAAAGAGGAUAUCUUUGAGGAUCCGACAUCGAUUUUGAAACAAGGAUGUGCUUUUCCCGACAACGCCGUGCGACGGGAAGUCGAAAACCUCUCAGCUGUUUGUAUCAAUGAGAAUUGCACUUGGAAGGGCAGCAUUAAAGAGUACGAGCUGAUCCACGAGGGGAAGUGCGAGUUCAUGAUCAUCCCGUGUCCCUCCUGCAAAGAACGGAUUCGCUUCAACGAACAGGAGCGCCACAACGAGCGGGAAUGCCCCGAGAGGACGCUCAACUGCAAGUACUGCAAGGAGCCAUUCCACUUCAAGAACAUCAAGGCGCACGAUGAGAUCUGUCCCAAGUACCCGAUGAUCUGUGAAGGCUGUGCCAAGAAAAAAAUACCCAGAGAAAAGUACGUGGACCACAUCAAGUUCUGCAGCAAAUUCAGAACUCCGUGUCGAUUUCACGUCGUGGGAUGUGAUAUGUCUGUGGAAAAGGAAAAGAUUCAUGACCACGAGCGCGCCUUUGCCUUCGAGCACCUCAAUCUGCUGCUGCACUACAUUAUGGGCAUGAAGGUGAGCAUGGAGGUCCUGCAGCCCCAGGGACCGGAACUCUCCGGACACAAACUGGUGGAGCUCCAGCAGUCCCUCAGGGAGCUCGAGGCCAGAGUCUCCCAGCUUAUCACCACCUCCUCUGGGCCUCCCGUGCAGGGAGCCUCCGCCGCCUCCUCCUCCUCCUCCUCUUCAUCCUCUAGCUCCGGUCUCCCCGGUUCGACCGCUUCGGCUCCCCCCCCCCCGGCUCCCGCUCUGUCCGUGUCCACCUCCUUCACGCCUCUGCCCAGCUCGGUGGGCGCGGUGCUGGAGCUCCAGCUCCACGGCCAGAAGGCCAAAGUGGCGGAGCUGGGUCGCAGGUGCACGGAGCUCGAGGUCAAGUCCGUCACGUUCGAGAACGUGGUGUGCGUCCUGAACAGGGAGGUGGAGAGGUUUGCCACCACCAUGGAAGCCGGCAGCCGCCAGCACAAACUGGACCAGGACAAGAUCGAGGCGCUGAGCAACAAGGUGCGGCAGCUGGAGCGGACGGUGGGGCUGAAGGACCUCACGGUGGCUGAGAUGGAGGGCCGGCUGAGGGAAAUGUCCGCCACGACCUUUGAUGGCGUCUUCGUCUGGAGGAUCUCCGAUUUCGCCAAAAAGAGGCAGGAUGCCAUUGCGGGUCGAGCCCCGGCCAUGUUCUCACCAGCCUUCUACACCAGUAAGUACGGCUACAAGAUGUGUCUGCGGAUCUACCUGAACGGAGACGGGACCGGGCGCGGCAGCCACUUGUCCCUGUUCUUUGUGGUGAUGAGGGGGCUGAGUGACGCUCUGCUCAAGUGGCCUUUCAACCAGAAGGUGACCCUGAUGCUGCUGGACCAGAGCAACAGGGAGCACAUCAUCGACGCCUUUCGCCCCGACGUCACCUCCUCCUCCUUCCAGCGGCCGGUGAGCGAGAUGAACAUCGCCAGCGGCUGCCCGCUCUUCUGCCCGCUCUCCAAGCUCGACGCCAAGAACUCGUACAUCCGCGACGACACCAUCUUCAUCAAGGCCAUCGUGGACCUCACCGGCCUCUAGACACCCCCCCCGCCCCAUCCCCCAUCCCCCAUCCGGGUGCGACAGUUUUGGCAAACGGGCAGCUCGACCAUUAGAAGCUUAAUUUAUGGCUGGAUGGUGGUCCCUUCAGGGCUCUGUUGAGGCUCAACGUCGCCGUUCAGCUUCAGGGAGACGCGCCCGCUCGCAGCUGCGUGCGGCUGCAGUUUGCUCCGUCCGGACGGCGCCGGCAUCGUCGUAUCCAGGCGGUCUCUCUGCGUUUCGGGGGUGUGAAAAAGCCUCUUUUUUUUUCUCCUCCUCCUCCUCUCCUCCUCCUUUUUCUUUCUUUCAUUCUUUUGAUGUCCCAGGUGGGUGUCGCUUCGGUUUCAGUUAAAGGAGGACACAGGAGUGAGGUCAGAGAGGUCAGAGAGGUCAGCGCGGCGGUGAGUAGGAGAAGGGAUGUCGAAGUGAACAGAAAAAGGAGUGAGAGAGAGUGAUAGAACCCCGUGCGUCGCGUUAGAACCCCCCGCGCGCUAGAACCGGGUUUGUAGAUUACAGAUCGUCGACGUGAUCGUAGACUUAGAGCAUGGCUUCAUCGCGGCUUCUUUUUUUCCUUGCAGAUUGUGGAUAUUGUGAGCUUCUCAAUUCCAGUGUCGAGUGAAUUUGCAUAGACAAACGUGGAGUUAUGUUAUGAAUAAGAUGACAGGCAUUUCUUUUGCCUUUUUUUUUUUUUCAUUUUAUUUUAUUUCAGGGGCGUGCCCGCUGGCCGUUUUAAAAAAAAGUAUAAAACGGCUCUUUAUUUCUGACGGAGCUUUACGAAAGCUUCCUGUUUUUUUUGCUGUUGAAGAGUUGUUAGUGAAUUAGCCAUCCGUGAUGGUGGACAUUGCCUGCACGUCUUUGGAGCCAGGCUACUUUGAACAUGUAAAGUUAGUGUUUGCGUAUUUGUUCCUAUAUAUUCUGGUUUUUUUGGUUUUUUUUACGUGCUUCUGAUUGGUGGUUUGGUACAUCUGUGGAAGAUACAGUGGAGUUACCAAGGAGUCAGGGCAGCUUGCCGGUCAAGCCUGAGGCGUUAAUCUCUGACAAACAUCACACAGCUGGGAGUUCUCCCCCCCCCCCCCCCACACACACACACACAUACUAGCUCACAUAGUACAGUACCCCCCCCCAUCCCUCCACCACCACCUCCACAGACUAGAGGUCACCACAGGUUUCCACAAAAAUGAAGGAAUGUUCCGUUCCUUGUUCUUCUGUGUGUAUGCGUGUGUGUUUCUGCUGCUCUUAAGAUAGGAUCUAAAUAUAUACGUGUUGGUGCAAAAUAUACACAAGGCUGAAAUGCGACGUGAACAAAAAAACGUGUGAUUGUAACAGAUUGUCGUGGGUCGAACGGGCCCUUAUCGACAUUUAUAUUUAUUGCAGGUCGAUGUUCAGUGCAGUCCCCCCCUCCCCCACCACCCUCCCGUCCCCCCAGAUAACUCUUUAGUGUUUUUAAUGGGCUCUCACUGCACAUAAAAUCCACGUUGUAACAUGUGAUGUUUUCAAUGUGUCCACCAGAGAUUGCUGCUCGACUCACUUGGCAUGCAUGCUGAGGUUUCUCGAGGUUCACGGCGGCCCCUUUGAAAACCAGUCUCGACCUGCAUUGAAACCUCUCUGUGCAUGGGAGGCUUCAAUCCAUUAUUCACUAUGGAGUCCCCCCCCCCCUCCCUUUCUGCCACCCCCCACGUGCGUUUAUUUGUGAUUUUGUUUGGACGGAAAAUAACCGUAGAAUAGUUAUUAUGUUAUAUCUGGCGCCGCGUCUGCGGCCGCUUAUAUUCAUAGCAAUUUAUAAAGAUGUAUCUUUCAUAUCAUAAUGUUGAAAUAAUCUAUAUAUCAAUGUUUUAUACACGAGAUGUUAUAAUAAACAUAGUAUUACUGAAUACCUUAUUAAUUCUAUAUCUAUAUACCAGCCUUUUGUUUGUUGAGAUGGUUUGAACAGGCCAGGACGACCCCCCCCCCCCCUCUCCUUGUGCAGUAAGGACUUAUGAUUCCUUCUAGAGUGCAAUAUAUAUGUAAAUAUACUUAUAUAUGAUUAUGUCUGUAAGAUUUUGAUGACACCUUGGCUUUAAGGGUUUACAGAAGUCACACUCGACUUAUUUGUUCCCAUCACUCAUUGUGGCGCCGAAGCAAGAGAGAUGUUUUUAAUGUUGAGGAGUUCAUGCUGUAAGUGGUGUUUCUAUUCUCACCUUUAAGAGAAGAAAAUGUGUCAGUGAAGACGUGUAAUUGGUAGGAUGAACAUUAUUUUUUAAGUGGUCUUGUAUCGUGCCAAAAUCAAUAUAUUACCUCCGUGUACUAACAAUGUUGUAUUUGCAAGAUAUAUUGUAUGUUCUAUGCUAAAAUAUGGUGCCAAAUGUUUAUUUUUCAAUUUGUGCUGUGUGUGUAUGUGUGUGCCAUUUUAAUAUGAUGCAUGUGUCACCACUUCUAUGAAUACUGCCCCAUGACUACAAACCCUCCCAAGGUUUUGUUUUUGAAUGUAAGCUUUAAUAGAUUAAUUUUUUAACGCAAAGCAGCAGUUCUGUAAAUGUGAUGCAGUCGACUUGAAGCAACUUUAUUUGUGCACUUUGUAUCGGAUUAUAUUGUAUAUUGUUUGUGCAAACAGGGUAUUUCAUUGAGUGAUUUAUGUACCUUAAAUCAGAUAGUAAAUCUAUAAAUAUAUAUAUCUGAUGUUGAUAAUAUUGAUGUGUUAUGGACGGUAAAAAAGGACAGCAGUAUGUAUUAAAGUUUGCUGGUUUCAGCUUG